AUGGUGAAGAGCGUAACAGCCGGCAAAAUAGACAAACUUAUCACCAAAGAGGAUCUUCUUGGACCUCUGGUGCUUCUAAAUGCCAUUCAUUUCAAAGGAAAGUGGAUGGAGCAGUUCGAUCCAAAACGUACGGAGGACGCUGAAUUUCAUAUUGAAAACGAAAAAAGUGUUAAAGUGCCCCUGAUGUAUGGGAAGAUGGUUGUUGAUUACAUGGAAGAUCAGGGCUUCCGAGCCAUUCGCUUACCUUACAAGGGCUUACCUCACAAGGAUGACAACUUAUGCAUGACCAUUGUGCUUCCUGACAACUCUGUCCAACAAUUAUCGGAAGGCUUGACGCCUGAACGGUUGAAGGAUGUGCAACGGAAAAUGGUGAAUCAGGAGGUUGAGGUUUAUAUUCCGCGCUUCCAGAUCGAACAUAAAGUCAAUUUGAAGAAGGAGCUUUCUGCACUUGGCAUGAAAACCGCAUUCUGCUGCGAGGCUGAUUUCUCGGGCAUGUCCCCGUCAGGGACAUUUAUCUCCAAUGUAAUUCAUCAAGCAAAAAUUGAAGUCAAUGAGGAAGGAACUGAAGCAGCAGCGGCUACAGCUGUGCAAAACGCGCUGCUGUUAUCCCACCCCAGGAAAACAAUAUUCCGAGCCGACCAUCCAUUUUUGUUCUUCAUCCAGAAUGAUAGAAGCAAAGAGAUCCUUUUCUUUGGAAGUCUCAUCAAUCCAGCAAAAGGAAAAUGA